AUGAUCCUUCCAAGCACCGCAGAUCCGUCAGCAAUAAUACUGGCUAACCAGUCUUCAGUUGUCCUGGUGACAAACGAAACUCUUUUUGUAAAUAAACAGGAGUCAAAUUAUAAUAACAGUUUUGGCAGAGGCUGUGUGGGCACGGUGGUCUAUAGCGAGAGCAACAACACCGCACAUGAUAUGGCAGCCAUGGCUCACCGAGAUAUAACAACGCUCCGAUUUAAUUUGGUCGGGGAACAUGCAAAAGAUUCUGCACACGCUUACCGAUGGCCGUUGAGCCUAAUGAUCUUUGGCCUAUCUUUGAUACUAUUAGUAAUGAUCAUAAGCGUUCUGUUACCACGAAAGAUGCAAGAUGUACUUUUUACAGCCUGCUGCUUGAGUAACUCGGAAAAUUUCAACUACAUCGACAUAGCGCUUUACAAAACUCGUCACUCAAUGUAUCGCAAAGAGGUUUACUUUCAAAGCAUGCGUCAUCCCGUCAGCAACUCGCAUAGACUACAGCAACGACCCCAGCAACGAUUGCAGAAAAAUGUGACAAUGGUUAAAGCAUCGAGUUGGCCAGAACAUAAGCGCAAUGUCCAGCCAAGCUCCAUGUUGCCAGUAGUCUACCAUUGCAGUAAUUAUGCCACUGCUCAAGGAAGUCCUGUCACAAGGAUAGCCCUGUUAAAUAGUCCAAUUCAGACAUGGGAGGCAAAGUCUGUUGAGCCAGAUUUCGAAAAGAUCAGUAAAUCAGAUCAGGCGCAAUCAUGUGAAUAUCAGCUCACGAAAGCUGAAUGUAAAGAGUACAGAAAGACUGAAAAUAGGGUGCAGAAUGAGGAUCGAGUUUCUUACUCGUCAGAACCCUAG